AUUAGAGGGAAAUCUCUAGGAGCGGAGUUGUUGAGAAGUGCUCUUUCGAUUUCCAGAAGAGAGAACCUGGCGGAGCAAGAAUCCUUUUUUGUAGGUUUUUUUACAAUCUUUUCUUUGUUUAAAGUGUUUGAUUCAGAGAUUGGCAGAAAAUUACCUAAAGAGAAUCGAAUCGCUUGUUAUUGAGGGAAUCGUCUUAUACCUUUUCCGCAGCGAAUUUCUGGUUCGAUUAGUCUAGAUCCGUUCAAAUUUGGUGAAGAAUUGGUAAUUUUUUCCUGAUCAGAUCCGUUUGAUGCUUCAAAUUUGGUGAACAAUCUCAGAAGGAAAGAAGAAAUUGAAGGUUGAGAUGAGAUGAUUGAUUUGUGAACAAAUUUGGGGAAAACUUGGAAUAUGUUAAUGUAAUUGUUUGAUCAAAACAUUGGAUAGUUAGGUUUUAUUUAUUUAUUUGAAGAGGCUGUGAGACUGUUUUUUUUUUUAGAGUAUUUGUGUGAUUCUUAAGUGUGAUUGUGUAAAAUUGGAGGUUUCGAUUCAAGAAUAUGUAUAUUGAGGAAUUGAAGGAGGAGAGUGAGUUGGAAGUUGCGGUAACAAAAAGGGAGUUGGUUGCAGUAGAAAAGAAUGAUGUUCAGCGUAAAGAAAUUGCCGUGUCUAAUGCGAAAAGGGCUUUUAUACUAAUUGGGGCUAGGGCUCUUUUCUACCCAACUCUUCUGUAUAAUGUUGUCAGGAACAAGAUGCAAUCGGAAUUCCGUUGGUGGGAUUGUGUUGACGAGUUUAUACUGUUAGGUGCUGUUCCUUUUCCCACUGAUGUUCCUCGCCUAAAACAACUUGGUGUUCAUGGAGUGAUCACACUAAAUGAGUCAUAUGAGACUUUGGUGCCCACAUCACUGUAUCAAGCUUAUGAGAUUGACCAUUUGGUGCUCCCCACAAGAGAUUACCUCUUCGCUCCAUCCUACGGCAAUAUAUGCCGAGCUGUAGACUUCAUCCACAAGAAUGCCUCAAGUGGGAAGACUACAUACGUUCAUUGUAAAGCUGGUCGAGGGAGAAGCACGACUAUCGUUCUCUGUUACUUGGUUCAACACAGGCAGAUGACCCCGGAGGCUGCAUACAAGUAUGUGAAGUCAGUUAGAGCCAGGGUACUCCUAGCUAAGACUCAGUGGCAGGCUGUUCAAGAGUUCUAUUGGCUUAAGGUUAAAAGAGUAAGUAAACCUGGCAACUUGGACAAUCAGUUAGUCCUGAAAGCUUCAUCAGAUUACCCGGCCUCAGCUACAGAGGUAGCUAUCUUUGAUGACAAUUCAGUUGUGGUGGUAACUGAAUCAGACCUCGCUGGGUAUGAUGUGAAUUCCUCAGACUGUGCAAGUGUGGGAAAUGUGAUAUGGGCAGAAUUGAGCUUGGUUUAUAGAGUCCAGUUUGCUGGUCAGUCAGCAUUAGCAAGGCUUUCAUGUUUACGACUUAGCUGCGUGGCACGCCAGAAAGAGUUGGUUGAAAGUUUGAGCAGGGAGAACAGUUGUUCUGUUGGCACUGAUCAAUUAGGUCUUGGGGUAGACAUUCACGUCUACUGAGUGACUUCAGGCUUUCUCCCAAGUGCCACCAUGUGUGUUACAUGUCUAAAAUGUAUAUAUUUUCUUAUAUUGUACGAAGUCCGUCUUUUGUAUUUUCUGACAACCACGCAAUGUUCUUUCCACUAUGUAUUGGUUGUUUUUAAACACUGAUCAUUUUAAGGGUAAGGGACUAUUAAAUAAACAAUAACCUGUGCGUGCCAAAAUGAAAAAAGACCAGGUGUCAAAUUAGCA